UUAACAAAAGAUGAACUGAUCUACCGGUCUGAACUCUAGAACCAGUAAUCUCCAGAAGCUUCCAUAAACCCUAUAUUUCUUCAAACCCUACCAAAACCCUUUCCGCCAUCACUCCUUUAGAUCUCACCGCACAAACAUGCACCGGCUAUCAAGGCGUUCUGUCAACACUCUCCUCCGCUACGGCGCCCAUCGCCGCCGUGAUGCCGUCUCUGCGGCGGCGGCUUCUGCCGGUUCUCCCAAUUUCAAUGAAUCGGGUGCAGAGAGGGAUGCCAGUGGUAGGUGGUAUUCAGUUUUAACUACUGCGUCAUCCACUGGGCCUGUUUCCACAAAGUCUUUGAAAUUAGGAAACAUGAUUCCUUCUGGGAAGCGGUUUGAGUCGACGGCUUCAGACGUUCAGACACCUGAAGCACCUGUGGAGAAGUAUGAGUAUCAGGCAGAGGUAAGUCGGCUUAUGGACCUUAUUGUUAACAGUCUAUAUAGCAACAAAGAGGUGUUCCUUCGUGAACUUAUCAGCAAUGCAAGUGAUGCGUUGGACAAGUUGCGAUUCCUUAGUGUUACGGAGCCACAUCUUUUGGAGGGUGCCCCUGAACUUGACAUACGUAUUCAAACUGAUCAAGAAAAUGGAAUAAUUACUCUGACGGACUCUGGCAUCGGUAUGACACAUCAAGAAAUUGUUGAUUCUCUAGGAACAAUCGCCCACAGUGGAACCGCAAAGUUUCUAAAAGCUUUGAAGGAUAGCAAAGAUGCUGGUACAGACAGCAAUUUGAUCGGUCAAUUUGGUGUGGGGUUUUAUUCAGCCUUUUUAGUUGCCGAUAAGGUGGUGGUGUCAACAAAGAGUCCUAAAUCCGAUAAGCAAUAUGUUUGGGAAGGAGAGGCCAAUUCUAGCUCUUAUAUUAUCCGAGAAGAAACUGAUCCCGAGAAAUUUAUUCCUAGAGGAACCUCAAUCCAGUUGCAUCUCAAGCGCGAUGAUAAAGGUUUUGCUCAUCCCGAGAGAGUUGAAAGACUCGUAAAGAAUUAUUCUCAGUUUGUCUCGUUCCCAAUUUACACAUGGCAAGAAAAGGGCUAUACAAAAGAGAUUGAGGUUGAUGAGGAUCCAGCUGAGGCCAAGAAGGACGGGACUGAUGACAAUGUUGAGAAAAAGAAGAAAACUAAAAAGGUUGUCGAGAAAUACUGGGAUUGGGAACUCACUAAUGAGACACAACCUAUAUGGCUUCGAAACCCUAAGGAAGUUACAACAGAGGAGUAUAAUGAGUUCUACAAGAAGACAUUCAAUGAGUACUUGGAACCUUUGGCAUCUUCACACUUUACAACAGAGGGUGAGGUCGAGUUCCGGUCAAUUCUCUAUGUUCCUGCUAUUACUCCAAUGGGGAAGGAAGACAUUGUGAAUCCAAAAACUAAGAAUAUUAGACUUUACGUCAAACGUGUCUUCAUUUCAGAUGACUUCGAUGGAGAACUGUUUCCACGAUACUUAAGCUUUGUCAAAGGUGUUGUCGACUCUAACGACCUUCCCUUGAACGUAUCACGUGAAAUUCUUCAAGAAAGCCGCAUCGUGCGGAUAAUGAGGAAACGGUUGGUCCGGAAGGCAUUUGACAUGAUUCUUGGCAUAUCCGUGAGUGAGAACCGAGAGGACUAUGAGAAAUUCUGGGAGAACUUCGGAAAGCAUUUGAAAUUGGGAUGCAUCGAAGACCGUGAAAAUCACAAGCGUCUUGCUCCAUUGCUUCGAUUCUUUUCAUCACAGAGUGAAGAAGAAAUGAUCAGUUUGGAUGAAUAUGUUGAGAACAUGAAACCUGACCAAAAAGAUAUCUACUAUAUCGCUGCUGACAGUGUCACAAGUGCCAAAAACACACCAUUUUUGGAGAAAUUAUAUGAGAAGGAUCUUGAAGUACUGUUCCUCGUUGAUCCUAUCGAUGAAGUUGCUGUCACAAAUCUUAAAUCAUACAAGGAAAAGAACUUUGUUGACAUCAGCAAGGAAGACUUAGACAUUGGUGACAAGAACGAGGAGAAGGAAAAAGAGAUGAAGCAAGAAUUCGGACAUAUUUGUGAUUGGAUGAAGAAACGAUUGGGUGACAAAGUUGCGAGUGUCCAAAUUUCAAACCGCCUUAAAACAUCACCAUGUGUUCUUGUAUCUGGAAAGUUUGGUUGGUCUGCAAACAUGGAGAGGCUGAUGAAAGCACAGACUGUUGGUGACUCAUCUAGCUUGGACUUCAUGAGAAGCAGAAGAGUGUUUGAGAUCAAUCCUGAACAUCCAAUUAUCCAGACACUAAAUGCUGCUUGCAAGAGCAAUGGUGAAGAUGAAGAAGCUCUUAGGGCUAUUGAUCUUCUGUAUGAUACUGCAUUGAUUUCUAGUGGUUUCACUCCUGAGAGUCCAUCUCAGCUUGGUGGAAAGAUUUAUGAAAUGAUGAACAUGGCUUUGUCAAACAAGUGGUCAACUGAACAACCAGCUUUCAACAUGCACAGCUCACAGACACCAGAGGCAGAGAUUGUGGCUGAACCACAACCAACCCUUGAAGCAGAGGUGGUCGAGCCGGUUGAAACCACUUCUCAGAAAUGAUGCCUGCAGAUGGAGUCAAGUUGAAACCAGGGCUCAGAAAUAAUAUGGCUAGAGGGGUUCUAGUUUAUUAAUGUUUUGGUUUUUAGCAGUUUGAAGGGGGAAAAGAACACGAAUGUAGAGUUACAAUACUACUUACCAGAAAGGGAAUUUGAUUUUGAAUGUUGGUUAUUAUUGCAUGAGCUAGAUAUAUCUUAUUCAA